GUGAUUUUUAGGACUCUGCUCUCCAAAACCCUCUUUGCUCCGCUCCCGGCCACCCUCGCUUCCUCCCUGGCUUCCUUCCUGGCGGCGGCACGGGGCUGGGAUCUGGGGAGAGAUGGCGGAGGUGAAGAGGGAGGUUUUUGGGCGCAUGCCCCCGGAGGAAGGAGGAGGGGAGGUGGAGAAGUUUGUGCUGCAGUCAGACAGCGUCAGAGUGGAGAUCCUGUCCCUGGGGUGCAUAAUCGCCGCGCUGGAGACCAGAGGCAGGGACGGACGGUUUGCGGACAUUGUCCUGGGCUUUGACACGUUGGAAGGUUACACGAGGAAGCACCCCUUCUUCGGAGCCGUGGUGGGGCGCGUGGCCAACAGGAUUGCCAAGGGGAGGUUUGCCGUGGACGGCAAGGAGUACCAGCUCUUCCUCAACAAUGGGCCCAACUCACUGCACGGAGGAGCCAAGGGCUUUGACAAGGUUCUCUGGAGCCCCCAGGUUGUCCCAAACGGUGUUUGCUUCUUUCGGCUCAGCCCCGACGGCGAGGAAGGCUACCCCGGGGAGCUGAAGGUCUGGGUCACUUACACGCUCAAUGGCAGUGAGCUGGCCAUCAACUAUCGAGCUCAGAGCAGCAAGACGACACCUGUCAACCUGACAAACCACGCGUACUUCAACCUGGCAGGGCAGGGCUCACCCGACAUCUACGACCACGAGAUUUCCAUUGCAGCAGAUUCCUACCUGCCUGUGGAUGACACCAAGAUCCCAACCGGGGAGGUGGCUGCCGUGCAGGGCACCGGCUUCGAUCUCCGGCAGCCCGUGGAGCUGGGGAAGCACCUGAGGAAGUUCCACCUGGACGGCUUCGACCACAACUUCUGCCUGCCGCCGGGACGGGCUCGACGCCUGGUGGCCAGGGCUCGCCACCCGCCCACGGGCAGGACCAUGGAGGUUCACAGCACGCAGCCCGGCCUCCAGUUUUACACCGGGAACAACCUGGACGGCUCCCUGAAGGGCAAAGGUGCCGCUACGUACCCCAAACACUCGGCUUUCUGUCUGGAAACCCAGCACUGGCCUGAUGCCGUCAACCAGCCCCACUUCCCCAGCACCCUGCUGCUGCCCGGGGAGGAGUACGACCACACCACCUGGUUCUGUUUCGGCACCGCCUGAGGACAGGGGAGGCUGGCUCCUGUCGCAGGAAGUGGACUUGCACUUCUUUGAGGGCUUCCUGAUGGUGAACGACUGAAAGGGAAAGAAUCCAGAGUUAACAUUUGAGUAGUGAUUUGGAAUCCACAAACACAGGAAAAGGAAACAAGAGGAGGUUACCCAGACUACUCCAGCACCCUUCAAGCACUGGUUUUUUAAAUAAAUAAAACAAUCACUAUUGACAAA